AUGAACUCUACAGCCACAUUCAAUUCUACAGCUGCAUUCAAUUCUACAGCCAACGAUUCAGUCGCCCAGAGUGUUUAUCCUCACAUCGCUGAGCCAUCGCUCUCAAUUUUUUUCCGUCUUUUUGUAUUCGUGCUUAUCACGCUGGCGAGUGUUGUAGGAAACGCUGUGGUCUGCAGAGCCAUGUUCUUGUUGUCUUACCAUCAAUUGCCUUUCUCUUACUAUCUGGUCACCAAUCUGGCUGCCGCGGAAAUGAUCAGUUCGCUGUGUUUUCCAUUCUACUUUGUCUACGAUUGGAUGCUAGCGUGGCCUUUCGGUGAAGCUGCAUGCAAACUGGUGUUUCCUGUGCAAAUGACGGCCACGUUAGUGGUGACUUACACUCUGGCUUUGAUCGCAGCACGAAGGUACCGAGUGAUUGUGACAUAUCGCGGUCAAUUAGGGCCACUGCAAAAGAGAAAAGUAUUUGUAGUGUUGAGUCUGUUGUGGAGCGCAGCCUUGACAGUUGUCGCACCAUCUGCUGUCGUGCAUAGUGUUACUAAGUAUGGAACAAGUCACUUUUGUGUAGCUUUGUUCCCAGGCGAUACAACUAUCCAUGCACCAACGCACACCCGUUACUCGAUUGUUCGUCUCUUUCUAAGCUAUAUUGUUCCAUAUCUCAUAAUCGUCAUAUCGUACGGUGCUGUUGCUCUGAGAUUGAAGAGACACAUGGCAAGGGCUACUGCCGCGCGCAAAAGUGAUUCCACAGAGGACGGAACACAGCUACAAACAGAUGAACACGUGUGUAUCCAUCUUCAAAGACUGGAAAUUGUUCAUAAAUCGUCGCAAAAGAACGGAUCCGAGGGUAACGCGAAAUAUCUAAUCGCGAAAAUUACGAAUGGAUGCUGUUGGAGACAAGGUUCCUUGGAUGAUCGCUCUUCUCGAGGCCAAACAUCGCAGAGAGCGAAACAUUCGCAACAUACAGAUGCAAACGUGACAGAUCUAGAGCUGGAUAUCCUAAGAAUGAUAUACGUGAUCAUUAUUAUUUUUAUCAUUUGCUACAUUCCGAUCCAAGUUUCGUUUAUCUACGAGCAAGUAAACGGCGGGCUAUCAACUUGGCCUUAUUACCCAAUCGUCAGGAGAUACAUGUUUUUAUUGCAUUGUCUUCCAGGCGCGUUCCAUCCCAUUUUGUACGGCACCAUGAGCAAGUUUUAUGCGAAUGCGUUUGCAAAACUAGUGAUGUGUAAGAAAUAG